CGUUUCAUUUUCUGGGAGAAGCGUCUCCAUCACGAGCGUACACAUUGCAAUUCACCCCCAAAGUUCGCCGGUGUUCGGGAUGCCGUCCCCCUCCUCCGCGGAAUGCCUCGCCGCCCUCUGGGUCGCUGAUACCCUCGCUGCCGGUCAGGCCUUCGAUUUCGCCGUAAUAAAGGCGCUGGUGGGCGCCUCGCCUGAGCACUUCAUCGGCGCCCCAGAUUCCUCGCGGGAGCGGGUGGCGCUCCGGUGCCUCGAGGAGCAUGCAACCUUCGCCGAUGCCGACGAAGGUGGUGCUGCGGUGGCGCCACCACCUUCCAAGAUUCUUAGGGUUGACGCCGUCCGCUCUUGCGAGGACUUGCUGGCUGAGCUCACCGGGCAGGUUGGAAGCUCUGGAAUUCUAGAUAAGGAUAUAAUUCUGCCUUUUAGACAAGAUAUUCAAAACUUUAUUUGUAUCAAGAAACCUACACUACCAGAAUCUUCUUUGGAAUUGCUUGGAGAAGUGGACCCAGAGAUCCAAUCUAAGGCUGCACCAUCAUCAGUGGAGCAGAAUGGUAUUAAGAAACAUGGCAAUCAUCAGUCCUUAUGCAGUGUCCACCAUCUUAACUCAAAUAUUGAUACACCUCCCCCUAUUGCCAGUACUGAGCUUCAUCCUGGGAAUUUAACAAAUUUAGUCAUCAACCUUGAAAAAGGUAAUUUCAAGCAGUGUCCAAUCGAAUCAACUGUUGAUCUUGAUAAGCCACUUGAAACAGACAGAAGGGUCUACAAUCAACCAUGGGAAUAUGCUAUAAAUGCUGCUAGUGUUGGCACAAGGGCUUCAGAAAAGGAUCCUUCUAAUGUGGACAGCAACAUGUCAGGUUCUUCUACUAGCUGCAAUGCGACUUUGCAGGGAAACAUUGCAGAACCUUUAUCAAAGAAGAGUAUGGUAGAUGAAACUACUGUGGUUCAAGCACAACCUUGUAAAGGAAAAUCACCAAAUCCAUCAGAUUAUAAUAAUGUGAUAAAGAAACCAAAUGAUGAUGGCAUCAGUUACCAAUCAUCGAAGGAUUCCAGACAUGAAAGCAAAACCUUGCAGGCUACGAUGACUCCAGCUUUUGACAGAAGCUGUGAUGUUUUACCAACCAAUACAUCUGAAGCAAGCAACUUGCCGGAGCCUAUUGCUACAGAGGAUACAACAAUGGUUCAACAGCCGCAUAGCUGCAAAACUCACCUCAAUCAUCUGCAGCAUGACAGUGGUCAGCAGGUAUACCAAGACCUGGAUGGCACCGCCAGCAUUCAGCCUGUUGAAAAGUAUUCCAUUCAUGAGGAAUCAACUCUGCGAGCUACUAGCGCUAUACCCUCUGUAAGCUGCAAUGGUGCUAUGCAAGAAGACAGAUCUAAAACCAACUAUCCAUCGGGCAAUUCUACUGAGCAUCCUGCAAUUUUUGAAGAGCAGUACUGUGACAAGUCUCAACUGAAAGUUAGUUGUGCCGACAAAAACAAACACACUCUGCAUGAUGAUGCUACCAUGUUGGGAAAGAACAAGGUCGUCUGUGGUGGUCUGAAUGUGCAGGGUGCUCCAGAGUCUCAUAGCUGCAAACUAACCUUGCAUGAUAAGAUUUCAGAAGCCCACUGUUUAUCUGAUCAGAACAUUGGAAAGAGCACAGAUGACAUCCAGAAACGUAGUUUCAAUAUAUCUGUUUCAAUCUCUUGUCAGGAUGGAUACAAAAAAACAGCAAGACAAGAUUCAAACAAGGAAACCAUUCGGAAAACUGUGGCAGUAACAUCACAUGCCCAUUCCUCAGAUAAUAGUAUCAGUGGAUUUGCUGCUGCUUGUCUGCUGUCAAUGAGUGGCAAAAUUCCAUUAUGCAGCCAGGAUCAAGAAGCCAAUGAUUCCCUCAGGGUCUCACCAGAACAAAAUUUAUGCAUAAAAUGUGGAAAAGGUGGCCAGCUGCUUCAAUGUAGCAGUUGCUUGUUAUCUGCUCAUGAAAGCUGUUUUGCUUCAUCAUUGACAUUUGAAGACCCUAGACAGUUAUAUUGCCCAGUAUGCAUCUGUGCUAAAGCCACUGAAGAGUACAAAAAAGCAAAGAAAACAUAUAUUGAAGCUAGGAAGAGCCUAGCUGCUUUCGUUGGUGCAGAGCAAUUGCUCAAGCAACACGAGCAACAAAAUAGCGUUAGUGAAACCACAGUUGAUGACCUUGCUCAUGAGGUUGAAGAGUCUAAUCGGCAGCGGAAGAAACAGAAAAUAAAUGUUACAAGUGAUGCUUGUAAUGAGGUAGUCAUUGAAAAGGCAUCUUCUGUUGGGAAUUCUGAUGUGGCACCCAUGAAUGCUUCUGUGCUCCAGGACAAAAGCAAUCAACUUCAGGAUGCAGAACAAGACCAUUUGGAAAACACAGAGGCUCAUGAGGGAAGUUCAUCUCAGAACAGAUGCAGUCCUGCUGCAAAUCCAGAAGUUGAGACUGACAAAGAGGAUGGCCCCACACAUUCUCAUCACCAAUCUAAAGACUCUGAUGAAAUAGAAUUUACAUCUUCAAGUGACUCUGGCAAGCCAUCAUCACCCCCUUGGCAUACUAUUAAGCAUCACAGAGCAAGACUACAAGAGAGGGAAGCAACAGUAUCAAGUAAUUCUACAAAAGCGUUUGGGCAGAAGGAUCAACACGAGCCUUUACCAUCAAGGAAACGGAAUUAUGCAUACGCACCCAAGCGUUAUUCGAAUCCUAUUGUGCUGACUGGAAGGCGACCCCAAGCUUUAUUGGACAGUAAAGGAAGAAGCAGCUCUAAGGGAAGCAAUGAAAAAAUUCACCCCACGGGACAACGGGCCUAUUCCGUGGGUUCAGAUACUGGAACACGGCAGAAACGUGUUUCACAGGACACGCCUCCCAUGUGACCUGAGGGUCAAGUGGAGGAACAUGGAAAAUAGAGGAGACGCGUGACGCUGACAGUUUCACCCCCUGAUCUAGCCAACAAUCCACGUCUAAUCCUUCCCUGACCUCAUUGAAUAUCCUCAUGUAAGAAUGUAAAUGCAUUGUGCUAUAUUCUCGCCAAGUAGGGACCAGAAAGUUUUCGUCGUCCAGCAGUUGAUGUUCAUGGAUGCUAGUUAAUUUUGGAUCAUUAAGAAACUAGGAGAAUUGUUUUUCUGUUGGGAAGCUCGUCGGACUGUCAUCCAAGCAACAUCAGGCCGUUGACUUUUUUUCCCAGUUCUUUUGCGCUAUUUUGAUCUAGUGGCAUCGUUUUUUCCUCUAUAACUUAGAAAUAGUUUUGUGGUCGCUCCUAGUUAUGGCAUGGCGGGUUCUGGUGCGCAACCAGCAUGCUCUUACUCUUAAAUUUGGUCAAAGACGCAUUGAUGGAGCAGGAAAUAACGGUAAUGGUGUCAUCGUUGUGAACGAUGAUAUGUGACACGCUGGGCCGUGUCUAAAAUUUAUGAUGGACUACUUCCUCCGUUUUAAA